ACGUGACCGGUGUGUCACGUGACGCCUGCCUGCGUGGAACAGCAGAGGUCAACAUGACUCGACUCAACUUAUUCCUCGUCCUUGUCUUCAGCUCGGAGGUUUGGUCCGGAUACUUGGAACAGGACCAAGAUAUAUUGAUACCAAAGGACUGGACUCAUUUGGGCCGAGUUGCUCCCACUGAGAAGCUGGAGCUGAUCUUUGCCCUGAAGCAGCAGAAUAUUCAUCUGCUUGAGGAAACACUCAGACUGGUGUCAGAUCCAGACUCUGCACAGUAUGGUAAACACCUGAGCCUGAAGCAAGUGGCCUCGCUGGUGCGUCCGUCUGCACUGACACAGAAGGUGGUGCAUGGUUGGCUGCAGAGUCACAGGGUCACAAACUGCCUGACUGUUCGCACUCAGGACUUUCUGCAAUGCACCAUGACCGCUGAGGUUGCAGAGAAGCUGCUCCCAGGUAGCAGCUUUCAGCGGUACGUCAGAGAUGACCAGUUUCUGGUGAGAUCUUCUUCUCCGUACUCUGUUCACGAUGAUGUUCAUCAGCAUAUUGACUUUGUUGGAGGGCUUCACCGCUUCCCUCCCAAAGGCAGCAACGACACCUCUGACAGGAAGAACAAAACCAUGGAAUCAUGGCAUCUCGGUGUGACUCCUAGCAUUUUGAGAACCCGCUACAACCUGACCAGUACUGAUGUGGGAUUAGUGCAGAACAACAGCCAGGCUGUAGCUCAGUUUCUGGAGCAGUACUACCACCCUGUGGACCUGGCUGAGUUCAUGUACGUGUUUGGCAGGGGCUUCCCACACCUGUGCGAGGUCGACCGUGUUGUAGGAACUCAGGGAACAGGACGAGCUGGCCUGGAGGCCAGUCUGGAUGUGCAGUACAUCAUGAGCACCGGAGCAAACAUCUCCACAUGGGUCUUUACCAAUCCAGGCCGUCAUGAGUCUCAGGAACCUUUCCUGCAAUGGAUCCUUCUGCUCAGCAACAUGUCAGACCUGCCGUGGGUUCACACCAUCAGCUACGGUGAUGACGAGGACAGCUUGUCCACCGCGUACAUGAUGCGCAUCAACACAGAGUUUGCCAAGGCCGGCGUCAGAGGAAUCUCUUUGCUCUUUGCGUCUGGUGACAGUGGAGCUGGUUGCAGACAUUUCGAUCAUGAAAUAAACUCCUUCAGACCCAGUUUUCCUGCAUCAAGCCCGUUCAUUACCACAGUAGGCGGAACUGCUUUCAAGAACCCAUAUAAGAUGACCUAUGAGGUCACAGAUUACAUCAGCGGGGGAGGAUUCAGUAACGUUUUCACGAUGCCCAACUACCAGGUCAGGGCUGUGAAGGCCUUCCUAAAGGCAGCGGGGGCCACCCUGCCUCCUCAGAAGUACUUCAAUAGCAGCGGCAGGGCAUAUCCGGACAUGGCGGCCCUGUCCAAUAACUACUGGGUGGUCGUCAACAGAGUGCCCAUGCCCUGGGUGUCAGGAACCUCGGCGUCCACGCCGGUGGUUGGCGGCAUACUGGCGCUCAUCAACGACCGGCGGUUGCUAAAGGGUCUGCCACCUCUGGGGUUCCUCAACCCUCGAAUGUACAAGCUCAAAGGGCAGGCGCUGUUCGAUGUGACUGAAGGUUGUCACCUGGGCUGUUUCGAUGAACAGGUUCAGGGGAAGGGAUUCUGUGCAGCACCUUUGUGGGAUCCUGUUACUGGCUGGGGUACGCCAAACUACCCGGCACUGCUGGCUGCCCUCCUCAGUGAUGGAACAUCCAGGUAAAACGUCCAGGGGAUUCUCCAGAAUCCC